ACAUUGAACCCCCAAAGAAACCCUAGCCAGUUUAUCUUCUUCGCGCAGUGCUUAAGCGCAGCAGCAGCAGCUACCAUGGCGACGGCGAGAACUGUGAAGGAUGUUUCUCCUCAUGAAUUUGUCAAGGGUUACGCCGCUCACCUCAAACGAUCUGGCAAGAUGGAGCUUCCUGAGUGGACUGAUAUAGUGAAGACUGCUACCUUUAAGGAGCUUGCUCCCUAUGAUCCUGACUGGUACUAUAUCAGAGCUGCUUCGAUUGCUAGGAAAAUCUACUUGAGGGGCGGUCUUGGUGUUGGCGGCUUCCAGAGAGUCUACGGUGGACGUAAGAGGAAUGGCAGUGCUCCACCACAUUUCUGCAAAAGCAGCGGUGGUAUCAUUCGCCACAUUCUUCAACAAUUGGAAACAAUGAAAAUCAUUGAUAUGGAUCCCAAGGGUGGAAGAAGAAUCACUUCAAAUGGCCGUCGAGACCUUGACCAAGUUGCUGGGAGAAUCGUUGUUGCACCUUGAAUAGCUCAAUCAUUUGAUUCUGGUCAUCAUUUUUGAUGCUAUGUAGCUUAAUAUUUUUAGUAAGAAUGAACAAAUUUUGGUUCUUUUUGUUUUGAAUCGUUUGUGUUUGCUCUUCUUAAAUGUCGGCACUGGUAAUUUGAGUUGAUCUAUAAUCAUGUUUGAACUGAUUGCUGUUGUUU